AAUGACAGUCCUUCCCGCAAAUUCUGAUUGUUGAACCAUUGUAUAACGCGCGAAAACAUAGAGGCAGGUGGUAACGUGUUGCGGUGACGUAGGAAAGCUGCACGCGGAAGUAUUUUCCUCUGUUCGUCGUUUUAAUAGCUGAAAUCCACCGAAAUGUUUGAGGCUCGUCUUGUCCAAGGAAGUUUGCUGAAGAAGGUGCUGGAUGCUAUCAAGGAGCUGCUGAAUGAAGCGUCAUGGGACUGUGCAGACUCUGGUAUCCAACUUCAGGCCAUGGAUAACUCUCAUGUGUCCCUGGUCUCUGUCAACCUACGGGCUGAGGGCUUUGACAAAUACAGAUGCGACAGAAACCUUAUAAUGGGCAUGGAUCUUACCAGUAUGUCAAAAAUUUUGAAGUGUGCUGCUAAUGAUGACAUCAUCACCAUGAAAGCACAAGACAAUGCAGACACUGUUACCUUCAUAUUUGAGUCACCCAGUCAGGAAAAGGUGUCUGACUAUGAAAUGAAACUUAUGAAUCUUGAUCAAGAUCACUUAGGCAUUCCAGAAACUGAUUACGCAUGUGUGAUCAAACUUCCUUCAGGAGAAUUUGCUCGCAUCUGCAGGGAUCUCAGUAAUUUUGGUGAAAGUAUUGUAAUUGCUUGUUCAAAAGAAGGUGUAAAGUUUUCUGCUGCUGGUGACAUUGGCACUGGAAACAUCAAGCUUGCACAAACGUCAAGUGUUGACAAGGAGGAAGAAGCUGUCAUUAUUGAAAUGCAGGAGCCUGUCACUUUAACCUUUGCUUGUCGUUAUCUCAACAUGUUCACAAAGGCCACUCCACUAUCACCUCAAGUUUCACUUUCAAUGUCACCGGAUGUCCCUUUAGUUGUUGAGUAUUCUAUUGGCGACAUUGGCCAGAUACAAUACUUCUUGGCUCCCAAGAUUGAUGACCAAGACACGUAGAUUCCAGAGUUUCCACAUAGCAAUCAGGAAUCAUUCUUGAGUUUAACAAUUCUGUUAUAUUAGACAAUAUUAGUAUAUUUUUCCAAUAUAUUUUAAAUAGUAUAAGGCUUUUACCUUUUGAUUAAUUAAAGUCUUAAUCAUAAAUACAGUUACUACUUACA